GUAUUUCUCGUGUUGAAUAGUCUAAUUUACUAGACGCUGACGUCGAUGCUCUUUGUAACACAGGAUUUACCCUAUAAAUGGAAAAUAACGCCAAAAUGUCAAGGGAUCGCCCAUUUAUUAGUCGAGACGCCCAAUAUCCUUGCCAAGCCAUCCGUUGCGACCCCUCUUGUUCCCAACCUGCCAUCUGGCAUCUGCUACAUACUUCCACUCCCUACGUCGCAUUGUGAGUUGCGCCCUCUGCGGCUUGACCUCAACAAACAGCACCCAUCAUGCUGCCCGUCUCUGCGCUGUCCGCUCUUUUGGCUGCUUCGCUCUCUUUCGACCUCGUCAACGCUCACGGCCACGACGACCACGCCCAACUGCACAAACGCCUGGCUGCCGCCGCCGCCCCUUCAUCGCCCGCUGCUGCUGGUGCCGUGGGCACCGGCAGUUACACUGUACCUCCUCUGGCGAGUAUUACGUCGGGCAUGCCCGCUGGUCCGACCCCGACGCUCGCGACAACCUUUACCCCCGGCGCCGUCCCGAGCCUGUCGGGCGCACCCCCGUUGCCUUCUGCCUUCGUGUUCAACGCGGCCGACUGGCCAGCUUUGGACGUAAUCCCGCCUACCGAUUCUGCCGAGGUGCAAGAGUGGAUGAAGGAGCUCGACGGGGUCGACAUUCCCAACAUCACCCCUACGGUCGACGGUAGCUGCGCGAACGACGCACAGGCCGCCGCGCAGGCCCAGCAGCGUGGCUGGUGGACGUGCGGUGGUUAUACGUCUGGCAACGAUAUCGUCGCGUGCCCUGACAAGCUCACUUGGGGUGUCAGUUUUGACGACGGUCCGGCCCCAUACAGUAAAUUGAAGCUCCUCAACUACUUGGGCGACCACAAGCUUAGCGCGACGUUCUUCGUUGUUGGCUCGCGUGUGGUCUCGUUCCCUCAGAUCCUCAUCGCAGAGUACAUGGCUGGCCACGAGAUUUCCGUUCACACCUGGUCGCACCACCCCCUCACCGCGAUGACCAAUGAGCAAAUCGUUGCUGAACUCGGCUGGACUCGCAAGGCUAUCCAGGCCGUGCUCGGUGUCACCCCGACCACCAUGCGCGCGCCCUUCGGCGAUAUCGACAACCGUGUUCGUGCGAUCUCGAACGCCAUGGGUCUCCGCCCGAUCAUUUGGACGACCGGCCCUGGCGGUCCCUUCGACACCAAUGACUGGCGUGUCGCUGGUGGCCUGCACACCGGCGUCGAGCAGCUCGGCAUCUUCGAGAGCUUGCUCGGCAACGCGACUCUCAUUGACACCGGUUUCAUCGUCCUUGAGCACGAUCUAUUCGAGAUCACCGUCGACCUCGCCGUUGGUUACACCCUCGAUGCUGCGCAGUCGCACAACCCCGCGUUCAAGCUCGAGUCCAUCGGCCGCUGCAUGAAUUUCGCGCCCAACGACUUGUAUAAGGAGACGGCCACGACGGACAUAGUCAACUCCAACUCGAGCAGCUCGUCCAACUCGUCUUCGACAUCGACCAGCUCCGGGUCCAAGUCCAGCUCUGGGACCAAGUCAACGGGAGCGAGCGGGUCGAAGGCGUCGGGCAACACAACUGGGGCCGCGAGCGACAACGGUGCUGCGGGCCUGCGGUUGCCCUCGACGGUGUUUGCGGGCGUCGUCGCCGCUGCUGUCGCUGCGGUCUUCGCGGGCUUUUUGUAAAAGGUGUCGUCGUCGUCAGGAAUGUGGGCCUGGCUCGCAGCCAUUACUACAAGCUACUACACACGGCUAUAGCUACUGUUUUAGACUUGAUACAGAAGAAGCCAAUAUACCAUGGACCUCGACUAUCUGGUAUAUACGUCGAGAUCCAAUACAGUAUUCAUUCCUAAUUCAUGUGGUAUGGUCGGAGUGCGAUUGUGACAAGCGGUCUCUGAGGGGAUUUGGUACGGCCCUUCGAAUUGUAUACACUGC